CGUCGUCGGAAGCGCAAGCUCGAGGAAAGCUGACGCUUGCGCGAGUUUCGCUAUGUUUUGCGAGCCGCGUGAAUAGAGGUCGUUGGUGUCGUGCCGUCUCCGUUCACCCCCGAUAUUUCUUCUCUCUCUCUCUCUCUCUCUCUCUUUCGCUCUCUCUCGCUCUCUCUCGCUCUCUCUCUCUCUCUCUCUCUCGCUCUCUCCUUCGUUCGCUGUGCUUUCACCCGCGACAUAUCACGGAACGGACGACGGAAAGUACGUGCAAAGUACAUUCGUCAAAUACUUCAACCCUUUGUUCUUUGUAUUCUUCUUCUUUAUUUCCAUUCAUUCUGCUACAGCUGACUAGGAUCGGCCAUUACGCCGGGACGUCAUUUGCCAAACGACGUGCGACGUCCCUUUAUGCGCCGUGGCUUUAACAAAAGAUCGCUAAAGGUACGACGAGAUGGGGAAAGAAAAAAUACACAUUAACAUCGUGGUGAUCGGUCACGUAGAUUCGGGAAAGUCAACGACAACGGGUCAUCUGAUUUAUAAAUGCGGUGGCAUCGACAAGCGUACGAUCGAAAAAUUCGAGAAAGAGGCCCAAGAGAUGGGUAAGGGCUCGUUCAAGUACGCCUGGGUUUUGGACAAGCUGAAAGCCGAACGCGAGCGUGGUAUCACCAUCGACAUCGCCCUUUGGAAAUUCGAGACUGCCAAGUAUUCCGUGACGAUCAUCGAUGCCCCUGGUCACCGGGAUUUCAUCAAGAAUAUGAUCACCGGCACGAGUCAGGCCGACUGCGCGGUCCUUAUCGUAGCCGCCGGUAUCGGCGAGUUUGAGGCUGGAAUAUCGAAGAACGGUCAGACGCGCGAACACGCCUUGCUAGCGUUCACUCUCGGCGUCAAGCAGCUGAUCGUCGGCGUCAACAAAAUGGACAUGACCGAUCCACCGUACUCGGAGAGUCGCUUCGAAGAAAUCAAAAAGGAGGUGUCGUCUUACAUCAAGAAGAUAGGAUACAACACGGCAUCGGUCGCUUUCGUUCCAAUUUCUGGUUGGCACGGCGACAACAUGCUCGAGCCAUCACCGAAAACGAUCUGGUACAAGGGUUGGAAGGUCGAACGUAAGGACGGCAAUGCCGACGGCAAGACUCUGAUAGAAGCGCUCGACGCCAUAUUGCCGCCAUCCAGACCAACCGACAAGGCACUUCGUUUGCCUCUUCAGGACGUUUAUAAGAUCGGUGGUAUCGGGACCGUGCCCGUUGGUCGCGUCGAAACCGGUAUCCUUAAACCAGGUAUGCUGGUGACCUUCGCUCCAGCUGCGCUAACCACCGAAGUGAAAUCCGUCGAGAUGCAUCACGAGGCCUUGACGGAGGCCCUACCAGGCGACAACGUUGGCUUCAACGUGAAGAACAUCUCGGUGAAGGAAUUGAGACGCGGCUACGUUGCCGGCGAUUCGAAAAAUCAACCGCCUCGCGGCGCGGCCGACUUCACCGCUCAGGUCAUCGUCCUCAAUCAUCCGGGACAGAUCAGCAACGGUUAUACGCCCGUCCUCGACUGUCACACCGCUCACAUCGCCUGCAAGUUCGCUGAGAUAAAAGAGAAAUGCGACCGUCGUACCGGUAAAACCACCGAAGAGAAUCCAAGAAGUAUAAAGAGCGGGGACGCUGCCAUCGUGAUGUUGCAGCCGACCAAGCCGAUGUGCGUCGAGGCUUUCCAAGAGUUCCCGCCUCUUGGCCGUUUCGCCGUCCGCGAUAUGCGUCAGACCGUUGCCGUGGGCGUAAUCAAGAGUGUUACCUUCAAAGACACUCAGGGCAAGGUCACAAAGGCCGCGGAGAAAGCCCAGAAGAAAAAGUAACCAUCAAGCUUACUCGGAAUCUCCAAGUUCGCUGGUCUGUCCAUCGAUACCACCGCCAGGGUCUACUAUUCCAGCAAGACGCAGUUCGCCACGACUGCUCCGUUUGAUCCUCACUCGAUUAAUACCAAAAGGGAAAAGAUGUUGUGCUUACCCCCGUUACAUUAUCCAGUAGUAUUGAAUCCGCGCAUUUAUCCAAACCUGCACAUACAAUUCACCCAUGCCCCUCGCACGCCCCACAUAUGCUAGGGUUAAUUGCGUUUUUACUUCAUUAUUACAUCGACGAUAUGUGUCCAUUUACAGGUAAUUACUCGGUUUCCUUGGACUCUGUGUAGUUAGGUUUUUAAAUUAAUAUAUUCAAAGAGAUACUCACGGGAUGCGUCGUUAUCGGUCAUAUUGCGGCCAACGAUUCGGCGCUACGUACGAGGCAGCGUGGCUCAGCGAACAACGACGACGACGACGACGACGACGACGACGACGACGACGACGGCGACGGCGACGGCGACGGCGACGAUAAAAAGAAGGAACGUGCGACUUGGAAGAGAAGAUAAUUCAAACCUUUCUUGUACCAAGUCUUUUUUCACUCCAUCGAACAAACGCAUUUGCAAAGAAACAAGAAAGGAUGGUAUUAUCGCGAUAUUGCAGUCUGAUUUUUGGUUACCGUUAAAAGAAAUUUGUAACCUCGCUUAGAGAGCCCACGCUGCCUCGCAUCCCCGUAUUUUUAAUCGAUUCAUUUCGAAGAAUUCGUUAAGGCUGAUUUGUUAGAAGACUUGGUUGCCUCGCUGCAAUUAAUUUUACUACUUAUAUAAGGAUAUCUAUAUAGUUGGUAGGAUAUUAGGACCGUGCUCCUUCAUCUAUUAUCUCUCUCUCUCUCUCUCUCUCUCUCUCUCUCUUUCUCUAUACUUGUCUAUACUUGUCUCUCGUAAUCCGCACGGUUUGGCUCGACUUGACUCGAAACGAGAUCGACAACUCGACAAUUCUCGACAAGCGCGCGAGUCUCCUUGCGUAUUCAUCACCGUUGAUAUCGGUGAAUCCCCAUAUUUCUUCACCGCUCCAUCCUCUUCGUCAUUUCCUAUCUAAUUCCAUAUCCUCAUAGACGCGUUCUAUGAUUGUUUUGCCCUUUAGCCAGUAUUAUGUUGGUGUAAUAAAAAAAAAAUUUAAUUGCAUCUGUCAAA